AAGAGCCGCACAUGAAAAUCAUCCCUUUCUCCUCCGAGAAAGGCGCCCCAUCUCUCUCAUUUCAUUGGUUGAGUUGAUUCGGUCAUCUCAGUCCCUCCAGGGAGGAAAAGCAGGGCUCUGAUUUGCAAGAGAGAAAACCAAGUCCUUUGUUUUCUUUCUUCUUUCUCUUUGAAUUGUGGCCUCUCCCUGGAGAAAAAUAGCAGUGGAAUGAAUAAUGGGUGGUUGUAGGUGAUAUUUGCCCUCUCCUCUCCACCACCCAGCGAGGGAGAGGGGCUGCUGCAUAAGCCAUAGCUAGCAGGAAAAGAAAGAGCCUCUUUUUUUCCCUCAUCCUCCUAUCAUGGACACGCAGAUUAGGAUGGUGAUGGUGGUGGUGGUGGUGGUGGUGGCUGUGGUGGCGGGCACGAUGGAAGCAGCUCUUGGGUCGGUGGCGAGGUUCGAGCCGGCGGACAGCUACCUUCUUGACUGCGGGGCACAAGGAGGGAGCACCAAGGCGGACGAUGGCAGGAUAUUUAAGUCCGACACUCAGUCUACUUCCUUCCUCUCCACCCCUGAGGACAUCCAAGCCUCUGCCAAUGGCAACGCCUCCUCCCCCCUCUACCAAAGCGCCCGCAUCUUCACAGAGCAGUCGACCUACACAUUCUUUGUUUCACAGCCCGGAAGGCACUGGGUCCGCCUAUACUUCCUCCCCAUCCACCACCCUUACUACAACCUCUCUGAUGCCGUCUUCUCCGUCACAACUGACCGCAUCGUCCUCCUCCACAACUUUGCCGCUCGCAAUGUCGCUACCCCCGUGUUCAAGGAGUACCUCGUCAACCUCACCUCAGAGAGCGUCUCCCUUACCUUCACUCCCACCACCACCUCCAUUGCCUUCAUCAAUGCCAUAGAGAUUGUGUCUGCCCCUGACGCCCUCAUCUUGGACGACGCUUCAGCCCUCACGCCCGUGGGGGCCGAUUUUGGGGGCCUCUCGCAGUAUGCCCUCGAGGUGGUGCACCGCCUCAAUGUCGGGGGCCCUCUCAUCACCCCAAAGAACGACACCCUCUCCAGGACCUGGGCCCCUGAUAGCCCCUUCCUCGCCAUUCCCUCUGCCGCUCGUAACGUCUCCGUCUCCCCCGGCAUAAUUACCUACCCAGAGGGUGUCUCCCCUCUGCUCGCCCCCAACUGGGUCUACGCCUCCGCCCAGGAGAUGGCUGAGUCUGGAGUCGCAGCCCCCAACUUCAACAUCACAUGGGAACUCCCUGUUGACACCUCCUUCUCCUAUCUCCUUCGGCUCCACUUCUGUGACAUCGUCAGCAAGUCCCUCAACGACCUCUACUUCAACGUCUAUGUCAACGGUAGGAUGGCCACCUCCGGCCUCGAUCUCUCCACCCUCACCUCCGCGCUCGCUGUCCCCUACUACAAGGACCUUGUCGUCAAUGCUUCCGCACUCACCAGGCCCGGCAACAUGCUUAGGGUGCAAGUUGGUCCCAUGGGGGAGGGGAGCACCGGAGGCACCCCCAACGCCAUCCUCAACGGCCUCGAAGUUAUGAAGAUGAGCAACUCCGCCGGCAGCCUCGAUGGCUGGUUCUCGGUGGAGGGGUCCAGGAUCAUCUCCUCCCAAGGGAAGGGGAGUGGCAGCAAGCUGGCUGCGGGUGUCGGCUUGGCCAUGGCCCUUGGGGCCAUUGCCGGCGUGGGUGCCAUGGUGUUCCGCUGGUACCGCCGCCCCCAGGAUUGGGAGAAGAGGAACAGCUUCUCGUCAUGGCUGCUCCCCCUUCACGCCGGUGGCCACUCGAGCUUCAUGACCACCAGCCAGUUGGGGUCCCACAAGAGCGGUUACUCCAACUUCUACUCCUCCACCUUGGGGCUGGGCCGCUACUUCACCUUUGCAGAGCUGCAGGAGGCCACCCACGGCUUCGAUGACAAGGUGGUUCUCGGGGUGGGUGGCUUCGGCAAGGUGUACCUGGGGGACCUGGAUGACGGUACCAAGGUGGCGGUGAAGAGGGGGAACCCGAGGUCCGAGCAAGGGAUCAACGAGUUCCAGACCGAGAUCCAGAUGCUCUCGAAGCUGCGGCACCGCCACCUGGUGUCGCUCAUCGGCUAUUGCGACGAGCAGUCAGAGAUGAUCCUGGUAUACGAGUACAUGGCGAAUGGUCCCUUGCGCGACCAUUUGUACGGCUCCGGCCUCGGCCCGCUUUCCUGGAAGCAGCGGCUAGAGGUGUGCAUAGGCGCCGCCCGCGGGCUACACUACCUCCACACUGGGGCUGCGCAGGGCAUCAUCCAUCGUGAUGUGAAGACCACCAACAUCCUCCUCGAUGAGAACCUGGUGGCGAAGGUCUCCGACUUUGGCCUCUCAAAGACCGCCCCUACCCUCGAGCAGACCCAUGUGAGCACAGCCGUGAAGGGCAGCUUCGGCUACCUGGACCCCGAGUACUUCCGGCGGCAGCAGCUGACGGACAAGUCGGACGUCUACUCUUUCGGGGUGGUUCUCUUUGAGGUGUUGUGCGCCCGGCCAGCCAUCAACCCGGCCCUCCCCAGGGAGCAGGUAAACCUUGCAGAGUGGGCGCUCCAGUGGCACAGGAAGGGGCUGCUUCAGAAGAUCAUUGACCCCCACGUCAUUGGAAGCAUCAAUGCCGCCUCCCUGAAGAAGUACGUGGAGGCCGCCGAGAAGUGCCUGGCGGACUACGGCGUGGACAGGCCAUCCAUGGGUGACGUCCUCUGGAACCUUGAGUAUGCCCUCCAGUUGCAGGAGGCCGCUUCCUCCGCUGUAGGGGAGGAUGAUCCCAGUGCCAACCACAUAUUACACCAACAGCGCCCCCCCACAGUGUUGGACACCACCGCCAAGGGCAGCCACAGCCGCAGCAGCAGCGAUGACGAAUCCGGUCCCACCCUCAGCAGCCCCAUGUUCGCUCAAAUGGCUGGCUGUCAAGGAAGGUAACUAGAGCUAAAUGCGAAUCCACACGAGGGAACCAAAAUCAUCAUCAUCACUUGAUUACUGUUGGUAAUGGCUCUGGUUCAAAAGAAAGGAAGAUCUCUUCCUCUCUUACUCUCUAAGUUGUAUUCUAUCAUCCAUCUCUCUGUCUCUCUCUCAAAAACACAAGGCGAAGCAAAGAAGUUCUUUCUGAUUUCAUUUGUGUAUGUGUAAUCAAAACCACUUCACGAUCAUCAUCACCCCCCAGAGGCAUUGUUGUUGUUCAAGAAUAGUUCUCACUGCCUGCUGCACCUCAAUAAUAAGUAUGUAUCCAUUGAGUGUGUGUGUGUUUGUUUGUUGCUUAUGAAAUGAAGGUAUGAAACUACUUUUGUAGUCGGAGAGUGCAGUUAUUAUUAUUCAUUAAGGAUAACUGAACUACUACUACCAUGCUUUUUGUUUGAUGUAUUAUGUACAUUGUCAUCCUCUGUGGCCAUUUGUACGCCAUACUCUUUCCUUGCUACAAAUUACAUGAGUGGGUUUUAUGAUUCCUCUUCAUUGUGCUUAUCAGCACAUAUGCAAUGGAAUCUAGUUGUAUUCA